GCAAGCGGCAAGCGUCGAGCAGCAGCCAAUCAACGAAGAGAUAUUUUCUACGCCACUGCUGACGCUUCCGCAAAAUUCAGCAGUGUUGGAUCCUCGCUGCUUGACGCUUGCUGCUUGCUGCGUGUAGUCUGUGGCAGGCUAUACGCUGUUCCCCCUCAACAACCAAUAGCGUCAUUUCCUUUCGACCGCGGUGAAAACGCGGCCUGCGAGCGCGACGGACAACGGGAACAGCUACGUGCGCGCGCGACCUAAUGUCACGCACGCACGCAUACGCGCGCGCGGCUGCGUGUGUGUAUGUACUUGUCGUGCGAACGUGUGCGAGCACUUGGGUGUCGGGAGGUGCGGAGGUAAAAAGCUGGUGGAGCCGCCGAGGAGGCCGCCCGAUGGAUUCGCCCUGCUCGCCGUGUUUACGUCCGUCGCUCGUCCGCCCCUCGACGUCUGCGCUGCUCUAGGUUCACGCCCGCGCUCUCUCUCUCCCCCAGUCGUCGCGUUACCAUCCGUGUUUCUAACCUAACAUUCGCCCUCACCGCACGCGCGCGAGAGAGAGAGAGAGAGAUGAGUGCCAUGCUACUCUGAUAGAGGCGUCACGUCGCCGCCGACACAGCAUCAACGCCACCCGCGGUCCUCCCCGUCCCCGUCGCAUCCACAGGGGACCGUCGUCGUCGUCGUCGUCGUCGUCGUCGUCGAUCGACCGUGAGAGGCUGACGACCGGGAACGGCGCCCGUCCUAAGUGCAGUUACUAUACCUACAAAUUCAACACUACGUAUAGUAAUGUCUGUCCCUCCUUCGUCCUCCAGCAGUAUAUCUGACAAUAAUAAGCUAGGCGGCGCCAGUCCUAGUCCGAUCGAGGGUAUCGAGGGAGUCCCGGGACCGAGUUCCCUGGACCCUAUGCAAUCGGUGUUGCCACAAGACGAGGAAUCCGAGGAUUAUGGAGACGACGAGGAGGAGGGCGACGAAGAAAGUAGCGAGGGCGAGAGCGAGAUCAGCGACAGCGGAUUGUUCUGCGACGCUGAAUGUACAGCGGAAGGGGAGAGCAACAAUUGUCAGUCACCCGUGUCGCAGUCUCAAGCGGUUCUCUCUGAACGGGUUCAGAGUCCAGUAUCGCAUAAUUGUGUGCCAUCGGACGCUGUCCAGCCUCAGAGGAAGCGAAAGAGCGAAACCGAGUGCUGUCUGCCGUGUAAAAAACUUAAUCCGGAGGAAAAGUCGCAUACAAUGGCUGCGAGAAAGCUAGACGAUAAGGGUAAACACGUGAGAUGUGUCAUUCCUACCAAGGACAAUCCUCCGCCGGAAUUGAGUAGCUGGCUUUUACAAUUUCAGAGAUGGUCAAACGCGGAAAGGAUGCUGGCGAUAGACGAGCUGAUAGAGAGAUGCGAGCCCACGCAGGUGCGCCACAUGAUGCAGGUGAUAGAGCCGCAGUUUCAGCGGGACUUCAUAUCGCUGCUGCCGCGAGAGCUGGCGCUGUCGGUACUGGCCUUCCUGGAGCCGAAGGAUCUCCUGAGAGCGGCGCAGACCUGCCGGAGCUGGCGGUUCCUAGCCGACGACAAUCUCCUCUGGAAAGAGAAGUGCAAGGCGGCCGGGAUAGAGGAUCUGAAGGACCUGCCGCCGCCGAAGCGAAAGAACUGCCGGAGCGGCAGCCAUAAUUCGUCGCCGUGGAAGCAGGCCUACAUGCGGCAGCACAACAUCAAGAUGAACUGGAGAACGAAGCCGAUCCGCACGCCGAAGGUGCUCAAGGGUCACGACGACCAUGUUAUCACGUGUCUCCAAUUCUCCGGCAACCGGAUAGUUAGUGGUUCCGACGACAAUACUCUUAAAGUAUGGUCCGCCGUCACGGGCAAGUGCUUACGAACACUGGUCGGGCACACCGGGGGCGUGUGGUCCUCGCAGAUGUCCGGCACAAUUGUUAUCAGUGGUAGCACGGACCGUACUCUGAAAGUGUGGAACGCGGAGACCGGCCAGUGCAUUCAUACGCUAUACGGUCACACGUCGACGGUUAGGUGUAUGCAUUUGCACGGCAACAAGGUCGUCAGUGGUAGCAGAGACGCGACGCUGCGAGUGUGGCAGGUGGACACGGGGGAGUGCUUGCAUGUGCUCGUGGGGCAUCUAGCGGCGGUCAGAUGUGUGCAAUAUGACGGAAAGUUGGUGGUCAGUGGUGCCUACGACUAUAUGGUCAAAGUUUGGAAUCCGGAACGUGAGGAGUGCCUUCAUACCUUACAAGGACAUACUAACCGCGUUUAUUCCCUCCAGUUCGACGGUGUGCACGUUGUUAGCGGAUCACUGGACACGAGUAUAAGAGUGUGGGAGGUAGAAACAGGUGCUUGUAGACAUACUCUGAUGGGCCACCAAUCUCUGACCUCGGGGAUGGAGCUGCGCAAUAAUAUCUUAGUGUCGGGCAACGCUGAUUCCACCGUUAAAGUAUGGGACAUUGUUAGCGGUCACUGCCUUCAAACUCUCUCCGGUCCGAACAAGCAUCAAUCAGCGGUCACUUGCCUUCAGUUCAAUAGCCACUUUGUGAUUACGUCCUCCGACGACGGUACGGUAAAACUCUGGGACGUUAAGACUGGUGAUUUCAUUAGGAAUCUAGUUGCUCUGGAAAGUGGGGGUAGCGGCGGUGUUGUGUGGAGGAUUCGAGCGAGUGAUACGAAACUAGUGUGCGCAGUAGGUAGUCGUAACGGUACCGAGGAGACGAAACUGCUUGUCCUCGAUUUCGACGUUGAGGAGCAUUUGUCAACGGUGGCGGACGAAAACGAGGCGACUGAGACGUACUGAGACUGCCGAGGCGAAAUGACAUUAAUCGAAGAAUCUCAUACCUCCUGGGGGCAAACGAGAAAAAAAACUGUCGACGACAAUUCCGACGCGCCGUCGCACACACACACACACACUCGGAUCGUACAGAAUCUUUUUACCGAAAACUCCCGAACGUUCGCGCGAUCUCUCAAACUGAUUUUGUCAGACCGUUCAGCUUCGAUAUCUCCCGAUCGUGUUACUUCGUGAACCUUAACUUGCCUGUACAAGCAUCGAUCUGGUUAAGAACAAAUAUUUUUUAUAAACGUUUACAAGCCAAUAUUUUCCUAUGAUUAACGUUUAUUGAAGGAGCAGCGAGGUUUCUCGGCCACCGAGGCAAAACGAACAGGAAUCCGGUUAGUCCCAGUCUACAAUAGAGAUUUCAACCCUAAGUCUUAAGAAAUUGACUAAUCACAGUCGCGUAUUCCACUCAUUCUUGACCGUGAUUGGUCCAUUUCUUAAGGGGGCAUAGGACUCUUUCGGCUGUAAAAUGUAUGUCUUUUUCAUGAUUAUUUUUGGAAAAGAUAUAUAAGCUAUAAAAAUCGGGUUUUUAAUAAAUAAAUAUACAUCUUUUUGACUAUUAUUUACAAUUUUAUAUUUUAAAAUUUAUUGGAAAAUUCUCUGUCAACUGUCUCUCGCUUUAGACCUUGCACGGCAUGCAGCGUUUUGCGGUACCAGAAAUAUCUCCGAGUUGGAUUAUCUGAGACAAAAAAUUCAAGAAAGACCUUAAAGUAUACUAAAAAUUGUAGUCCCUAUCGGAUGGAAUUUUAAAAUUUUUUAUUUUUAACAAAAUGGCGGACUUUUAAACGUAAAACAUCGAUUUUCGGCAACAUUUCUUACUUUCUUUCUGGAAAAAAAAAUAUAAAAAAUCAAAGAAUCGAAAAAAGCAUCCGAUAGGGACUAGAGAAUUUUAUAAGCUUUCAUUAAAAAAAAACUAAGUAAAUCGGUUGAUCCGUCCUUGAGUUAUCCAUGGUACCGAUUUUGAAAGUGCAGUUUCGAGAAAAUCGCGUUUAAAGUUUUGCAACAAGGCUACAGACAGCUGUGCACAAAGCCGUUUAAAGUGCUGUAACUUCCAAACUUUUGAAUUUCAAAAAACGGCUUUGGGGUAACAUUCUUAAGACAUUAAGGGGAUGCUGGAGUGAUUCUGCACUUUUGC